AUGUGGAUUCUCCCACUAGUCGGAUACACAGGCGUUGUCGUAGGCUUCGCUUUCCUAACUUUAGCUAUUGCUUCAGGAUUAUACUACCUCUCCGAACUAGUCGAAGAACACACCGUCAUUGCCCGCCGCAUCCUCUCACGACUCAUAUAUGGCGUCAUCGCAGUCCAGAUCCUGCUAUGGCUCUUUGACAGUUUCCCGCUCACCCUCUCCCUCCUCUCGAUAUUCUCCCACCUCGUUUACGCAAGCAACCUCCGCAAAUUCCCUAUCGUCAAAUUAUCAGACCCUCUAUUCGUCCUUUCUUGUUUGCUGGUUUGUCUGAAUCACUGGGUCUGGUUCCGGCAUUUCUCGAGACCACCGGCCCCAUCAUCCUCGUCGCGCGAUGCGACAUCAUGGCGUCGACCGUAUCAGCCGGACUACGAGAAUAUGCCUACCUUCACUGAAGUGGCAUCCUAUUUCGGGUUGUGCGUUUGGCUGGUUCCAUUUGCGCUGUUCGUGAGUCUGAGUGCUGGUGAUAAUGUGCUGCCGAGUAUUGGGUCGGAGUAUGCUACGGGCACAACCGCUGCUCCUUCGACUUCUCUACCUGAAGGUGGUAGUGGCAGGAAUAAGAACGUUGGCCUUGCGAAGGCGCUGGUGGAUGGUGUUAGGGAAUGGGCGUCGGAGACGGGUGAAUUGUUGGGGUUAUAUCAGGGAGAUCGAACGAGGAGAUUUCUGUAA